AUGCUUCGUUCGAUUAUUCUCCUGGUCCUGGGCGCUGUGACCGCUAGCUCGGCCCACUUUGUGAUUCCCAACGAUGACCAAGACAUGUCCGGUCUCACCGUCAACUCGAUCCCCGCUGUGAAGAGGGUCGAGUACAUGCGAAAGGCGAACGAGGCCCUAUUCAGACAAAGCGGGCCCUGCCCCUUUGCCGCGUUUGGCACCAUCAUUGUUAACCACACAAGCGACGAAGUCGUCUGCGAAGGCGCAAACUUCAGAACCGGGGAUCCGACUAUUCACGGAGAGAUUUCAGCCAUCAACGCAUGCACGGCAAGGUUUGCUGAACAGGGCAUGACUCCUUCCGAGAUCUACGCGGCAUGGGGAGACCUCUCCAUCUACACGAACGCGGAAUCGUGCCCAAUGGUAUCACUACCGGAGACUUAA